AUGGGAGAGUGGGGAUUCCUGUCAUCACUGCUGGACAAAGUGCAGUCGCACUUCACGGUCAUCGGAAAGGUUUGGAUGACCGUCCUGUUUAUCUUCAGGAUCAUGGUCCUCGGAGCAGGGGCGGAGAAGGUGUGGGGCGAUGAGCAGUCUAAUAUGAUUUGCAAUACCAAACAGCCUGGCUGUAAGAACGUAUGCUACGACCACGCCUUCCCCAUCUCUCAUAUCCGCUUCUGGGUCCUUCAGAUCAUCUUCGUCUCCACCCCAACGUUGGUGUACCUGGGACAUGUCAUGCACAUCAUCCACAAGGAAAAUAAACUGAGGCAAUGGCUAAGUCAGGCAGGCAAUGAGAUGGGGAAAAUGCCUAAGUAUUCUGACGAGAAGGGUCAUGUCAAAAUCAAAGGUGAAUUGCUGGCCAGUUACAUAGUCAAUAUAUUCUUCAGGAUUCUGCUCGAGAUAGUGUUUAUAGUGGGUCAGUAUUACUUAUAUGGGUUUAUCCUGGACCCCAAGAUUGAAUGCAGCAGAGCUCCCUGUCCGUUCACUGUAGAAUGCUUCAUGUCACGACCAACAGAGAAGACCAUCUUCAUCAUCUUUAUGCUGGUGGUGGCGUGUGUAUCUCUGCUGCUGAAUGUGGUGGAGAUAUUUUAUCUGAUCUGCUAUCUGAAGUGUGGCUCUGGCUCAAGAAGACGAGCCCAAGAAGUCCAAGCCAUCGCAAUACACAGCUAUCUGGAUGGAGGCAGUACGAUGAAGAACGGGAAGAUGAGUCUUCAUGCAACUGGUCACAGCACUGCCUGA